UUAUGCUAUUAUUAAUCAAAUUUCAAUUUAGUACUUGACUGUACAUGUACUUGACCUUCGAGUUUUAUGUUAUAAAUUAAAAUCAUUAAUAAAGUGACAAUUGAAAUGUGUUACCAAGUUAAAAUUUAAGUGUGUUGUUUAAACAAAUAAUCUAAACAAUGGCUCAAACUAAUCAAGUAAACCUGGAUAUGGGCGAUGAGGAUGUUGAGGAUAAUCAGCCUCGACUUAACCGAAUGGACUCCGUUUCUAGGCCUGUGGCACCAAACAGGAAUAAUGUGGGUCUAGGAGAUAGACUGAAUAUUAUGUUCAGAGAGAUACGGCCGCUGGUCGAACAUGCGCGAAUGGGUAACAAUGCUAGACUAUCAUUACCAACCUGGCUACCUCGGAAUCCACCAAAUACACAUCAACUGGGUGAAGGUCCUCAAAGGCCCCAAAGCUCUAUAGCCCAUGUAAAUCUGGGACCUUCUGCUCAAGCAUACAUGGUUACUGACAGAGUAACACCACCAUCAAGUGCAAGGGCACAAACAAGUCAUGGGUUAAAUACUAGUAACUCUAAUGAUUCCAACAUAUCUGAACAAGCAGAGGAUAUCAAUAUUUCAGUGAAUCCAGCCAAUAACAAUAAUAUAAAUGAUAAUGCUGAUGAUAGUCAAAGUGAUGAUGGUACACAGCAGGUUGUGGAUGUACGUGGAACACUAAAUCUUUUAAUAAGAUAUGCUCCAUUUUACUUCAUUCUCUUUAUAAAGUAUUUAUAUGACAGUAGAGAAGCUAUUUUCACAUUUAUACUAUUAUUUUUCAUGUUCUGUCAUAGUGAUAGCCUUGUUAGAAGAGAACAUGGUAAACAAAUGAAUCGCAGCUUUUUAGCUCUGCUGAGUGAAUUACUUUUCUCAUCAAGCUGUAUAGUAAUAGUCCACUUUCUCUUUGGCCAUGGAAGACUCUUACCAAAUGUUAUUAUGUUCCCUGGAUAUGUAGAACCAAUAGAUGUAUGGGAACUUAUGUGGUUGGUAGUACUCACCGACUUAAUUGUUAAGAUUAUUACUGUAAAUACAAAAAUUGUUGUAACAAUGAUGCCAUCGUUUAUACUGCCUUAUCAGAAACGGGGUAAAGUAUACCUUUUUACUGAAGCAAUAUCUCAGUUAUACCGUGCCUUGAUUACUAUUCAGCCAUGGAUAUUCUUCUUAAUGCAGUCCUAUGAAGGCUCAGAGAAGAUGGUAGGAAUGUUUCUUACAUCUGCAUAUGUAUUUGCUAAAGUUGUGGAGAUAAUUGUCCGGUUGAGGCUAUUUAAGAAUGCCACGUGGACAUUGCUGCAAAGCGUGAACCUGGGUACGAAACCAACAGUGGAGCAGUUAAUAUCAGCAGGAGACUCAUGUCCAAUAUGUCACGAUGACUACACCACCCCUGUGCGAUUAGGUUGCAGUCACAUAUUCUGUGAGCUUUGUAUAGCUGCCUGGUUGGAUAGGGAACAUACCUGUCCACUCUGCAGGGCCAAGGUGGCCGAUGAACCUACUUGGAGAGAUGGCUCCACCACAUAUGAGCUUCAAUUGUAUUAGAGAAAUCUUCAGCAACAUUCGUUUUGUUGUUGGACCGGGUUCUAUAUAACAAAAUAAAGUGGUAAUUACUACAAAUACUUUAUAGAAAUAAUUACUUUAUAGAUAUCAAUAAAUUUAUUUAAUUAGAAGGUACUACAUGUAAAGUCCUGGUUCUGUUCAAGUGACAUUACUCGCAUGUUUGUUACAUGUAAUAAUUUAUUAAUGUGGUGAACUUUGAGUUCAUAAAGAAUAAGAAUAGUCUUAUAUGAAGUAAUAUUCAAUAACAAAACGGCUUAAUGUGACUACAGUUACUCUUAUAUGAAGGUUUGCUUGAUAAAGUUCCUUAUAUGUAAUGUAUUUUAUCAUCAUUAUUUAGGAUACUCUCCAGCUGGUGAUUACAUUUAUAUAGAACCCGGCCCUGAUAUCAGAUGUACCAAUUCCGUGUGCAUAUUAUUAUAUUAUGGUAAAUAAUAUUAUGUAGUACAUUAUUACCAAUUUUAGUAGUUAACGCAUGGCGUAUAAAAAGUUUUUGAUUCCCUGUGAAACGAAUCGUUUCAGAAUGGACAUAGAUUUUAUGUACUUCAAAAAUUGUAUUUAUAUUAUAGAAAAUUGUUUAAGCUUACGUUUAAACUUGCUUUAAAUGCGUCAGCAAUUCGUAAAUUCAAAGUUAUUUAUAUGGCAAAAUGUUCAAUUCCCUAGUCGUAAUUUUCACAUAAGAUACAAAAAAAUCUUAUACUUAUUUCACAAGUUUCUAUUUUAUCUGAGGUCCAUAUUACAAAGUUUAAGUGCCCGUUUAUUAAUCACGAUUUUUUAGCAACGUUAUCCGGUGUAAUAAAAAAAAUUAAACCUAGUCGUAUUGAGAGUAUAAGACGCGAAAAAAAAAGAUUUUAUAUUUUUCAGUUUUAAUAUUUGUGAUAGUUUUUGUGUAUGUUGAUAUUUGGAACCUUAAACCGGAUGAAAUGGUAAAUUAACUUAACAUUUAACAUAAACUUUUAGUUAGGUACCUUAUUAUAUUUUUAUAUCAAUAAUAUUUUUUAUUUUACAAAUUUUAUUUACAUUGUAUAUCUUUAAAAAUAUGUUUAUUAUUGUAACUUGCCGACUUAUAGUUAUCAGGUGGACUUGUGUUUAUGCAGAAUUUAAAAAAACAUAAUAAUAUGUAAGUAGAUGUACUAAAUGUAAGUGGAUGUAAGGUAUUUUCUAACUUGAACAGUCCAAGGUACAUCUAAAUCUGUGCUGAACAUUUUUAGAUAUAUUUCUGUUACUGUCUUAUUCUUAAUUACUUUUAUGAUUUUAUCUCUUCAAUUGUACUGAUUAAACCAUUGUGGGUUAGUAGCACCGCGUGCAUUUUUCUGAUAUUAUGUAGUCGUUUGCAAGCUAAUUUACUGUGUAGUAUAGAAUGUAUAUAUGUAAAUAUUUAAAUUAUAUUUUUUUUGAUAAAUUAACAUAAAAAUAAUCUUUACGCCCAAGUGUGCAUAUAAAUUAGAAUCUUGGGUUUAAAAUGGGUUAAUUGGGUUUAAUGUGUAAAUAUGUUGGGUUGUAAUAGCUCUGUUAUGAGUUUGGCAAACACUUUCUAAUACUUGUAUGAAACAAUCGUAGUUUUUGUCUUAACACCAGAGGCGCUGAUAGAUGUUUUAUGCGAUAAUUUAGCACGUUUUUAAAAAUUCUAGCGCUGUUUUAAAAAGAACAAAAAGUUUUGUAAAGAUCGAAAGAAUUCGAUCGCAGUAAAUAUUUCUGAUUUCGUUAUGUAUUAUUGAAGUUUUGGCUCUAUAGCUAAGUAAUUUUUUAAAUAAUAGUAAUAAUAUAAAAGACAAUGCCUAAAUAUAACCACUGUCGCUAUUUAGCUUUGCAAUGAUAACGAUUUUCUCCUAUUAAACCAUAAUAUGUACUAUAUAAGAUAGAUAAACUCAUUAUAAACUAUGAAGCAUUAAUUCACCUGCGAAUUAAGAUGCCAAAUAUAUAAAAUGUUAUAAUUCCACUAAAUAUAUGUAUUAUACGUUGUAUUUGUAGAGUAAGUGUUAAUUACUUUAGAUUAUUUUAAGAAAGAU